AUAACAGAAAUACCGAACUGCUACUUCUGUCCAUAUAUAUACAUUUUCUUAUCAAACUAAUGAAACUUGCAUGCAUACAAAUUAGAUCAGAUUUUUUUAAGUAAAAUAUAUAUAUAUAUAUAUAUAUGAAAUGAAGUACUGUAUUUUAUACCUAUAUAGGUAUAUGUGUGUAUCAGCCCUACAUGUCUCAAAGCCAACUUUCUUACUCUGCCAAGUUUUUACAUGUCUCAAAGGAAAAGAGGACUGCAGUAAGUAUGCACUUGCUUGCUGCCUAAGCAAUCAGACAAAGCCAACAUCUUGCCAAUUGGGUCAUGUCCAAUACAUAUAAGUUAAGCUAUCAUGAAUCCUCCUCAUACAUUGUUGUACAACAAAUAGAGCUUUUAGAUUUCAGGGUUACAGAAUUGUUGUAUUUUUUCAAAGGAGGGCAAGUUGAGGCAAGUUGAGGCAAGUUGAUUAUGGAGAACAAAACACAGCAAGAUUUUUCUGAUUUUGCUGUCUUACCAUUUUUACUUUUACUUUGUCCCAUUACUUUUUCCUCUUACUUGAAAUAUUCACUUUGUUGGUUGAAUAAAUGUAUCAACUCUCAUUAACUCAGUCUGCUGUACACCAUUACAUUACAGUACAGUACAGUGGUUCUCAAUGCUAGCUUUUGUGCUCUGCCAAGUUUUUAACAUGUUCAAUUCAUGACUUGCCCAGUUCAAAUGUGUCAUUUCGGGUGAGAAACUAGAAGGAAAAUAGGAGUGCAAUGAGCAAGAAGUACUCAAUUCAUCAAAAUCAAGAGUAUGGCCAAGUUGUUGAUAAUUACUACUGCUGAUGAUGAAGAGACUAGAAGAAACAAUCGUGAAGAAGUGGUUAAGAAAAUUAUAAGAGAUACAAUGGUGGUUGUGAAUGCAUCGAUUCGUAAAAUACAUAUGAAACUUGAUGAAGAUGUUAGAGACGAAUGGAAUAUGGAUGACAGAAUAAAUGCAUACACAGUUGUUUACAACGUUUUCUGUACGAAAGACAUACAUGUUUUUUGGCAUUAUGUAAUUCGUGAGUUUUAUGAUAAAUAUGAGAGCAUUUUGACACAAAGGAUUUCAAACUAUGUGAUUCCUUCAUUGGAAGAUAUGUACCGCGAAGAGUUCAUGAUUGAAAUUGUGAAACAAUGGACAGAGCUAGAACAAUACAAAAGAUAUCUUCAGAUAAUAUUUGCUCGUGUGGAGAAAGUUGCAGCGCAUUUACAUCUAGAAAAUCAUUCAUUGAUUGAUAUUUGUAAAACCCAAUUCUGUGACAGGGUCUGGGAUAGGUUCCACACUGAAAUCGACUUUUCGGUAACUAAGAUGAAGGAGGCAGGGGUGUUUAGCAAUGAAAAUCCAUUGAAGAAUAACCUGAUUCAAUUCUUCACUGACAUGGAGAAAGUAUGUCCCAAUGAACGAUUUCAGACGACUUAUGAUAUUGUCAAACAGCAGUAGAAUUUCAAUCGUGCCCAAAAUUAUUGAAGAUUUCGUUGGAUUUUAUAUAUGAUUAUGAUAAUUUUAUAAUGAUGAUGAUUUUAUAAUGCUAUAGCACGUGCUUUGUACGUGCACAUAACAAGGCACCAAAUGGAGGCAUCAUGUUCUAUAUUUUGCUUCACCGAAAUAUAACGUGCAUUGCACGUAUUUUAUACCUAGUAUAUAU